AUGCAUCGUGUAUACCAUAAAGCUAUCCUCGUCGUCCUAGGUAACACUGGUAACCAAGGAGGGUCAUUCAUUACGCACUUUCUGUCGCUGAGGGCACCUCCAUACGCACUUCGUGAUGUCAUUCAGGACGUAACGUCUUCGAAAGCUGCAUCCCUGUCAGGACGCGGAGUUGAGUUGGGCACAUGGAACUACAAUGAGCCCGCCUCACUCGACGCUGUAUUCAAAGGUGCAUCUGCCAUCUUCAGCGUGACGAAGUACUGGCUUCUCUACGGAACCCUCAUGUCGCAACAGCAAUCUUCUACAAACGUUCAAAGCAAGAUGCUUCUUGUUAGGGAUAAGGAAAUCCAGCAGAACAAGAAUAUCGUCGAUGCCGCUGCCAAAAUUGAGACUCUGAAAAGAUUUAUCUUUUCUAGCUUGCCUGACACCGAAAAGCUUGGUGGAAGAAAGGACUCAUACGUCCACCAAUUCGACGGAAAUGCUAUUGCUGAGGAGUAUGGCAAAGCGACUUAUCCGGAGCUUUGA